AAGAAAAAAAGGGGGUGGGUGCAUUUUCGAAAGUACUAGAAAAUCGUGGAACAUACUCGUGGGAAGGCACAUUGCGUAUUUACUAGUUUCGAGACAAUCAAGGAGAGGCGCUAGUUGUCCAUUUCUGGAGCUUUCUGAAAAUCCGUACCGGCUCGAGAACUGAACCACUGAACAUUCGCAUCAAUUCGCACGAGUCAUCGCGUAUCUUUGCGAGCAUAAAAGAACAAGUCGUGGAAAUAGAACGAAAGUAUCGCGCUACUCUCAGUCUCAGGUCAAGCGUUAUGGACCAGGUAUCAGUGUUAAAAGAAAAAGGUAAUUCUGCUUUACAAGAAGGAAGAGUUAACGAGGCUAUCGAAUAUUACACACAGGCAAUUCAAUUAGAUGGAAAUAAUCAUGUACUCUAUAGUAAUAGAUCUGCGGCGUAUGCUAAUGCAGAAAAGUAUGAACAAGCUUUAGAAGAUGCUGAAAAAACUAUAAAAAUCAAACCAGAUUGGGGAAAAGGUUAUUCACGCAAGGGCAGUGCGCUUGCUUAUUUGGGCAGACUAGAUGAAUCUAUUAAGGCAUACAAGAUUGGCCUACAGUUGGAUCCUAACAAUGCUCAACUUAAAAAUGAUCUGGCUAGUCGGGAACAAGAAACUAGCACAUGCCGGAAACAUUUUCAAUACACCAGAUCUUUACCAAUGGAAACAGAUCCACCAGAACCUCCAGUACCUGAAAAAGAAACACCUAAACCUAAGAAGAAAGAAGAAGAUAAUCUUCCACCUGAAAAGAGAGAAGCUCUAAAUGAAAAACAAUUGGGUAACGAUGCCUACAAUAAAAAGAACUUUGAAGAAGCCCUUCAGCAUUAUAACAGAGCAGUAGAAUUAAAUCCUACAGAAAUCAUUUAUCUAUUAAAUAUAGCUGCAGUGUAUUUUGAACAAAAGGAAUAUGAUAAAUGUAUCGCUCAGUGUGAAAAAGCCAUCGAAGUUGGAAGGGAGAAUCGGGCAGAUUUUAAAUUAAUAGCAAAAGCAUUCACUAGAAUUGGUCAUGCGUACAAAAAGAUGGGGAACUGGAAACAAGCAAAGGUGUAUUACGAAAAGUCGAUGUCAGAGCAUAGAACACCAGAAAUUAAAACCCUUCUUUCGGACAUUGAUAAAAUCAUUAAGGAAGAAGAGAGAAAAGCAUACGUCGAUCCAGUAAAAGCAGAAGAAGAAAAGGAGCUUGGAAAUCAAAAGUAUAAGGAUGGAGACUAUCCAGCCGCGAUAAAACAUUAUACAGAGGCUAUUAAAAGAAAUCCCGACGAUCCGAAAUAUUAUAGCAACAGAGCUGCCUGUUAUACUAAAUUAGCAGCAUUUGAUCUUGGAUUAAAAGACUGUGAAAAAUGCGUUGAAAUCGAUCCAAAGUUCAUCAAAGCUUGGAUAAGAAAAGGGAAGAUACUGCAAGGUAUGCAACAACAAGGAAAAGCACUCAGUGCCUAUCAAAAAGCAUUGGAAUUAGAUCCGUCGAAUAGCGAAGCAUUAGAAGGAUAUCGGUCGUGCGCUGUUUGUGUCAGUUCGAACCCCGAGGAAGUAAGGAAAAGGGCUAUGGAAGAUCCAGAAAUUCAAAGUAUAUUACGGGACCCUGCUAUGAGACUUAUUUUGGAGCAAAUGCAGAGUGAUCCUAGAGCUUUGCAAGAUCACUUAAAGAAUCCGGAUAUAGCGGCGAAGUUACAGAAACUCUUGGAAUCUGGUCUCAUUGCGAUUCAUUGAAGACAAAAGUAUUUGUACUUGUGCAUAACUUCGUGCACGACAUUACAUUGUCACCAAGUUCCUUUGGUAUUAUGAAAAUCGUGCUGUUCGUUCUAUUUUUAUGUAUUAGAAGUACGUUAUUUAACCAUACCGGCUGCUUAAUGGCAUUCUACAUCUCUGUUCGAAACAGCCCCUUUUUUUUUAUCUAAGUUUUGUUAUACAUACGUAUCACUUUCGCGCGGAUGCAGUGGCCUUCUUGGUCGUGGACCACUUUUGCAUUGUAAAUCGUAUCAUACAAAAUGUUUGAAUGUGUUUCGCGGAGUGUAACUUUAUAAGAAACGAACGUAUUACAUAACUACAAGCUUUUGCAUAACCUUUGCAUAAAAUUACACUUCCAACUGUAAAUCAUUAAUAUCGUCGAUAUCAAGUAUGCGAUAGUAUCAUAAAUAUGUUACACGGUCUAGAUUAAACGAAAUUAUUAUCUUAAA